AUGUCCGAGGCUGAUCUAAACGGCGCUAGAGAGAUCGGCCUCCCAACAAUGUGGGAUUUGACAUGGAUUCAUUCGACAGAACGAAUAGCGUGGCUUGCGAGGAAGUGGGGUGGAGGGGGUUGGCCUCCCGUUGACGACUGCUCUUGGCUCUUGACUCUCGACUCGGACGCGGACAACACGCAGGACCUCUUGUCGCUCCUGACUCGUCCAUUCCCAUACGGCAUGCAUGUCUCGGCGGCUGAUGGGACACGAAACCAAGGCCGUCAACCACGUUGCGACCACCCGAUGAGUCCCAGGGUCGACCUCUUAUGCGCCCUCUUGUCUCAAUAUCUGCGAGUAGCUUUGGGUUGCCGGUUCCACGUUUGCACCGGCCCGUUGCGGCAGGCGCAUCCUUGGCACAUGGAAGGAUCAACCGGUGGUUCCUCCGUCGCAAGGCAGGCGGCUUCCCAGUUUGAAAUCCCAGUUGGCCUCGUGUUGUAUGUAAUCGACGGCUGCAUCAGCCGUCCCAGUCCGCAACCCACCGAGAAACCAUGGGUUACUUCUUUCACAUCGGCAUUCGUAGACUCGGCCAUGUGGAGGUCAGCUGCAGCAAAAAGAAAAGACGGCGAGAUGAACCGGCUUGCUAGUCGGGUCACCUCGAGUCAUGAGGCGAAGAACUUCAUAGGCAUUGGUUGGGUCUCCAGAGAGGAGCAGUCACCCUACUUCGCCUGUGAUGGUGGGCAUCUCUGGGACAUUCUGUACCUGCCGCCUAUUGUUGAUUUUAGCAGGGUAGGUCGGCCGUUGGUCCCAGUGACGCGCCGAGCCCCAAGAACCAUACAGGACCACGUCUUCCAUGGCAUACAGAAUUGGAUUGCCCAGGAAAGCGCAUGCCGCCGUAUCUGCGUGCCGGCGGGCGGCAUGUCUGCCAACAUAAUGAUAUGGUGGAUUUGCGAACACUACUUCGUAUUUGCUCAUCACCUCGGCCAGACCCACUUUCCCAACCCCAAGGAAUGGACCCAAGAAAGGGAGGAAGGGCUGUUCCUACAUGGGUUCAGGGACGGCAACUGCCUUGAAUCUGAUGAAAGGGUGAAGGAGAUAGCUGGCCAGAACAACAAUCCUAGGAGCUUGCAUAACACGGCUUUUGGCCUGAACACUUGCAUUCGAGCCUACGGAGUACAGAACCGAGUUGCAAGGCCGGUUCUCCCAGCUGUGCCACCUUGGACUGCAUCGCGAUCCGUCAACUUGCCUCUGAUUCCAUUUAUGAUCCAGCCUUACGGCCCUGCGUUGUCCCCCUCAGCACAGGCCCAGCAAGCAGGAACGUCAGACGAAGAAUGGGUGUCUGGCAACGAAUGGUUACGCAUUGGCCUCAAUGCGUCCAAUGCCAUCCCGCCACCGUCGAUGAUUCGCACCAAACCUCAGAGAGAGAUCGAACGAGCUGUGAUAUGCUUGCUCGAGUACUCGUCGAACGGCUUGCGAUGA